AUGUCUUUCCAUCAAUCUUGCGACCUCAUCCGGAUCGAAGUCCGUGGCGAUCAUACUGUCCUCCUUGCCGCAGCUAAGAAUGGUGAUGGGGAUGAAACAGUUCCCGCGGAGAUUGUCCUUGACGAACAGAUUGGCAACGGUGAUGGUUGGUUCGUUCGCGGGGGUGAGAAUUUCACAGAAACCGCUCAUGAAAUCGAAUUGGAGUUCCGGGAGGACGGUCCUUGGUUGACUGCAUUCCUCACCGAAGUCGAUGGAGAAGAUAGAGAGCGUCAGGGAAUUAAUCUGGCUGACCAUAUUGGGAAUGACUGUGGCCGACUUGUAUGGGCUCAACCCCAGCGGGGUGUUCCCCAUCGGCAACAUCGUAAGAUUGCCGUGAUAAAUGGAACCCGUCCGGUGUUCUCCCGGAUGCAAGAUGCUGUUUCCAGAUUGUCAUUGUGUUGA